AUGAAGAAUAUUGGCUCUUUCACAAGAGAUCGUGUAGACUCUAUGGUCUCUGAAUGUUCUUCAGCUUCAUCUAUUCAUGAUCAGCUUGUCAAUGAGAAUGAUUACGCUGUCUUUGGUGGUGUUGGAAAUGCAUCGAUUCCAUCGUCAAUCUCAAGUUUCCACUACACCUAUGUGAACAAUGGAGACACUGACGUUCCACUUCAAAGCUUAGACGGAAAUAUCAGAAGAGCUUCUAGUAUAGAAAGGAACAGUCGGAGGAGUUCCUCCGUUGAUCUUCAGGAUAGAGCCAAGUUCCGUUUCUUUGAUGUUGAUGAUAUACAGAAUGCCCAUGGUAGCAGUACCAUGGAUAGUGGCGAAUUUGAAAUAGACUAUGUCCCAUAUUGGAAUCAAGAGGAUGGUAAACAUGAAAAUGAAGGCCAACGAAGGUUCUUGAAUCAAGCAGAAUCAAGAACAACACUAGAAGAAAGGGUUCGACUUUUAGCUAGUAAUGAUAUGACCUCGGAUUACGGUUCGGGAUCUCUUGAAACUCACAGUGCCAAUCCACCUGAAAACAAAACAGACGCAAGUAAACAUGACGUUUAUUUCAGCGAUUUCCCUGCAAUAACCUCGUUCCAGCGCUUCUACAUCGCAGAACAAGAUUUGGUAGUAGGGAUUGCGGGAUACCGUUCAAAUUUUUAUAAGAUUUCUGGUUGCUACGUUUUCUAUGCUAUAACUUUAGGUUUAGGCUACCUUAUCCUUCGAUGGUUCCCUAAGUAUCAAGUCAGUUUUUCAGGGGAUGCAUGUCCUUUAGCCAAAUCCGACUGGUACGUCGUGGAAACAGAGUAUGGAGAGUUAGAGAUUUUGAAACCCAAACGUACAUGGUACAACAAGCCUCUAUCUACAUUUUUGAACUUAAAGGAAAGCGAGGGGGAUGGGCAAACCGAUAGUUCGCAAGACGUACUAGAUGAGUUCGUUGGUUCGGAGCAUGAUCCAAUAGUUCCAGUUUUGAUCACGCUAAAUUACAGAUAUCUGACUCUGAUAUAUUCUCCAAUGGAAGACUUAUUUAAAACAAAUCGAAAUUGGUCUGAUGACUGUUGGAAAAGUAUUGACUUGGUAGAGAACGGUCUAUCUUACGAUGUGGUGACUGAACGCCAGACAGUAUUUGGACCUAAUAGUCUUGAUAUUCAGGAAAAAUCAGUUGGAGGAUUAUUAAUGGACGAAGUGUUGCACCCAUUUUAUAUCUUUCAGAUUUUUUCUAUUAUUUUGUGGCUGCUGGAUGACUACUACUAUUAUGCCUCUUGCAUAUUUAUCAUUUCAUCUUUAAGCAUUAUUCAGACCUUGAUAGAAACCAAGAAAACUAUGAAACGGCUGAGAGAUAUGUCACAUAGUGAAUGUGAAGUUCGAGUUUGGAGAAAUGGUUUUUGGAAAGAAAUCAACUCAAGAGAUUUGGUUCCUGGAGAUAUUAUGGAGGUCGAUCAGUUCAAUUCGUUUCCUUGUGACGCUAUCUUGAUUUCUGGCAGUAUCAUAGUCAACGAGUCCAUGUUGACAGGAGAAUCAGUUCCCGUUAGCAAGAAACCGAUCCCUCUAGAUUGCAUGCAAGUUUUGGUUCAUGAAUUGAAAAACCAAAAAAUAUCAAGCACACUUUCCCGGUCUUUUUUGUAUUGUGGAACUAGAAUAGUCAAAUCAUCAAGACUGAAACUGGAUCAACCUGCUAUGGCUUUGGCUGUAAGAAUUGGCUUCAACACCACGAAAGGUUCAUUGGUCCGAUCAAUGCUUUUCCCUAAACCAGUUGGAUUCAAAUUAUACAAUGACUCCUUCAAGUACAUUGGGUUUAUGGCUCUAACUGCUAUGUUUGGCUUCAUUUACUCAAUUUUGAACUUCCUCAAAUUACGACUGGAUCGUGGUGUCAUUAUUUUAAGGGCGCUGGAUAUAAUCACAAUCGUGGUGCCUCCAGCUUUGCCCGCAACCCUGACAAUUGGCAUUUCUAUAGCAUUGAGCCGUUUGCAAAAGAGGAAGGUAUUCUGUAUUUCACCUGCGAGGAUAAAUAUUGCUGGUCAGCUGAACAUUCUCUGUUUCGAUAAAACAGGGACUCUUACUGAGGACGGUCUUGGUAUCUUAGGUGUUCACGUAGUUUCUUCAGAUGUUAAUUUCGGUGCGAUGAUUAAGACUGGCGACGAGUUGCACAGGAUGGGAAUCGAACGCUCAAGGAAAAAUUUUUUGCUCUUAACAUCAAUGGCAACUUGCCAUUCUUUGCACAAUGUGGAUGAAGAACUGGUGGGAGACCCUCUCGAUUUCAAGAUGUUUGAGUUUACGGGCUGCAAACUUAUAGAUGACAUCAAUGAUCCCUUUCUGAAAAAAUUUCAAAACCAACUUGAGGAGAACGUCACUUUGUGCAAAAUAGAUGAUACCAAGGAAGUCAUUGUCUUGAAACAAUUCGAUUUUGUUUCUGAUCUAAGAAGAAUGUCGGUGGUUGUAACGCUCUUGGAUACAGAAGAAUGUUUUUCUCUUGUGAAAGGAGCACCUGAAAUUAUCAUCACUUUAUGCCGACAGGAAUCGCUGCCAUCAAACUAUGAAGAGCUACUGGACCAUUAUACACAUAAUGGAUACAGGGUGAUCGCUAUUGCAGCUAAAAGAUUGUGUACUUCGAUUGACGAAUUGCUUUUGAAAAACAUUCUGAAAAACCGAAGUAUUGUUGAGGCGGAGUUGGAAUUUCUGGGGUUCAUUAUCUUUGAAAAUAAGCUAAAGUCAUCUACGACAUCCACCCUGCAAUUGUUACAUGAAGCCAAUUUGCGGACCGUAAUGUGUACAGGUGACAAUAUUUUAACCGCUAUUAGUGUUGGUAGAGAAUGUGAGAUUCUUCGUUCAAAAUCCAAACUAUUUGUUCCGCAGUUGAUUGAGUCUGAAGAGGGCACUGACGGAUUGGAUGUCUUAUGGAGAGAUAUCAAUGACUCAGAGAGUAUUCUAGAUUCAACUACACUCGUCCCCUUAGAGCCAAAUUCUGAUGACUACCAGCUAGCCGUAACUGGUGAUGUUUUCAAGUAUCUUUUAACUUCUGAUUCAAUAUCUGAAUCUACCCUAGAGAGAAUGCUAAUCAAGACCGGAGUUUUCGCUAGAAUGUCCCCUGAUGAAAAGCAUGAACUAGUGGAACAAUUACAAAAAUUAGAUUACAGUGUUGGAUUUUGCGGAGAUGGCGCUAACGACUGCGGUGCAUUAAAAGCUGCUGAUAUCGGAAUUUCAUUGAGUGAAGCAGAAGCAUCUGUGGCCGCACCUUUUACAUCUCAGAACUUUGAGAUUUCGUGUGUGCUAGACGUUAUCAAAGAAGGGAGAGCGUCAUUGGUAACCAGCUUUUCUUGUUUCCAGUUUAUGUCGUUGUAUUCUGCAAUUCAGUUCAUCACGGUGUCGAUUAUGUAUCACCGCGGCUCUAACUUGGGGGAUUUUCAGUUUCUUUAUAUUGAUUUGCUUCUGAUCCUUCCUUUAGCGAUAUUUAUGUCAUGGUCUAAGCCAUAUCAUUUGGUUUCAAAGAAGAGGCCUUCUGCAAACUUAGUUUCCCCAAAAAUUUUGAUUAGCCUUCUAGGGAACAUUCUCAUACUACUAGCAUUCCAACUCACCGUUUGGCGCCUUGUUCAGUUGCAACCUUGGUACAUUCAGCCGGUCCCCGGAAACGAUGAUGAUGUGCAAUCUUCAGAAAACUCUGUUUUAUUUGAGUAUUCCAACUAUCAGUAUAUUUUGGUGUCUGUUGUUUUAACUGCUGGUCCUCCUUAUAGAGAACCAGUAGAUGACAACAAACCUUACAUUUGGAAUGUCAUGCUCGCAGCAAUUUGUUCGACUGUGAUAAUGUUUAUUCCUUCCAGUUCUUAUUUGGGGAAUCUUUUGCAAUUAACUGACAUCUCUGUCUCUUUUGCUCUCUUUAUUGUUGUUUUCGGUGGCAUCAAUUUCAUUACAUUAUACAUUGCUAACAGGAUAUUUUUCCCAUGCAUCUCACAGUGCUACAAAAGAUAUUUCAGAAAGGGAAAAAGUUCAAAAAAAUUCAAAAUCCUGGAGAAAGAGUUCAAGUACUGCCAAGUCUAA